UCAAGAUGCUCACACUGUUGAUACCCGUUCUGUUGGUGGCUGGUGCCUCUAGUUGUGGAACGCCCAUCUACACCCCCAAUGCCAGGGUGGUGAAUGGUGAAGAUGCCAUCCCUUACAGCUGGCCUUGGCAGAUCUCCCUCCAGUACGAGAAGGAUGGCGAAUUCCGUCACACCUGCGGGGGCACCCUCAUUGCCCCCAACUGGGUCAUGACUGCCGCCCACUGCAUCUCCAAAUCCCGGACGUAUCAAGUUGUGGUAGGUGAAUAUGACAUGGAUGCGGAAGAAGGCAAUGAGCAGCGCAUUCCUGUGAACUCCGAUGACAUCUUUGUGCACCCCAAAUGGUUCUCCAUCUGUGCUGCUUGCGGCAACGACAUCGCCCUGAUGAAGCUGUCCCGCGCCGCCGAGCUGAGCAACACGGUGCAGCUGGGGUGCCUCCCCCCCGCAGGGGAAGUGUUGCCUAAUGAUUACCCCUGUUACAUCAGCGGCUGGGGGCGGCUGUACACAAACGGCCCCCUUCCUUCCAAACUCCAGCAGGCCAUUCUUCCAGUGGUGGACAAUGAACACUGCAACCAGAAGGACUGGUGGGGAGGUGUCAUCCGGCAAAACAUGAUCUGCGCCGGAGGAGACAUCCGUGCCGGCUGCAACGGUGACUCCGGCGGCCCCCUGAACUGCAAGGCCGCUGACGGGAGAUGGGAGGUCCAUGGCAUCGCCAGCUUUGUCUCCGCCUUGGGGUGCAACGCCCUGAAGAAACCCACCGUCUUCACCCGGGUCUCCGAUUUCGAGACCUGGAUCCAGGAAACCAUCACUAACCAUUCAUGAUGACCUGACCUGCCUUUUGCGGGACCCCUCUUAGUCCCAGAAUAAAAAGCAGCUGAGAGAUAUCUCA